CGCAACAACAAUACCACUACGCGUAACACCAAGGUUCCGAAUAUCAACCUCAAGAUGCCUUCGAAAGAGGCUGGCGAACUCAACUCUGCUACUGUUUUGGACGCCUUUCGCGCCACGCGUGGGUCCAUAGACGACCACAUCGUGAAGAACAAGAUCGACGCCUACUGCUCGGAGUUUAUCCCACGAACGGACGAGUUGGCGAUCGCAGUCUUCUGCAAUGCCUUCGAAGAGCUUGGAUGCCCUCUUCGGUCGGCAACACCUGGAACAAAGCUCGCACCUAUCAAAAAUAUCCCAAGGCACGAAAAGCUCAUCAACUACAUGUACAAGGCUUUGGAAAAUAAAGCUGGCUUGAUCGAGACCAAAGGCGAGGAAAUCGUUCGCACAUCGGUGGCAUGUCCUAGCAGCGAGAUUGAGGACAUGCUGGAAGACCUCUUCGACGAUAUGCCUGAGCAAGAGUGGGAACUCGGACUUGUGCAGAGAACUGGCGGAUCCUUCGCUAAUUGUAUAUCUGGCAAAGAAGAUCCAUUGCAGUUACUGUUCGGCUCCGACGAAGGUCGCACGCUUAUGGGAAAUUUCUACGCUAAAUCCCCGCUGUUCAGCACAAUCCUCCAGCAAUGGGCAGCUUUCUUCGAAAAUAUUGGCAGCAAAUGGCCAAAGAACGCCGGACCUCUGCGAAUUCUGGAAGUCGGCGCAGGUACUGGUGGUACAACUUUUAAGAUUGUCCCAGUGCUGGCUCGUCUUGGCAUACCAGUGAUAUACACCAUGAGCGAUAUCGGCUCUGUCUUCCUCUCCGCGGCGCAAAAAAAGCUUGAAGAGUACCAAUUCAUGGAAUACAAAGUUGUGGACAUCGAGAAGGAACCGGAGGAGGCGCUGCGCAACUCUCAGCACAUCGUCAUUGGGUCCAACGUUUUCCAUGCGACCCGCGAUCUGUCUGUCUCAUUGAAAAAUGUCCACAAGAUGUUACGACCGGAUGGAUUCAUCAUGAUGCAUGAGCUGACAACGCAGAUGCUCUGGGCUGAUGUUGCGUUUGGAUUGAUUUCUGGAUGGUGGGCGUUCGAGGACGGGCGACAACACGCCUUGCAGAGCCCAAAACAUUGGGAGAAGGUACUGCGCUCCGUUGGCUUUGGCUACGUCGGCUGGAACGAGGGGGCUCGUCCCGAGUCAAGGAUCCAGAACUUGGUCUGGGCGAUGGCGUCUUAGAUUAGAAUAAAAUGAACAUGUAGCCAGACUAUUUAGCUUCCAUGCAUACCCAAAUGCGUAGGGACAUAAAUCAAAGGCCCGAAAGAUAGGUUUCACUACAUUUCUACUCCUUCUAGAUUGCAAAUUGUUACAGUAAUUUCGAAAUUUUCUCUCCGAUAAUAUUCGAACUU